AAUGACCGCAACACCCGCUGUUUGUUGUGAAGCGGCGGGCUAGUGUGUAUAAAUCUACCGAUGGCUGCAAACACUUGUUCGUGGGCUCAGAGAUCGAUUGAAUAUGGGGUGGAAACGCAAGUUGUCAUCUUCAGAACUACAACUGAAUCCUGCCAAAGCACCUAAGAGGGACUCUAUCUGCAGAUCUCCUUUCUCUCUCAAACUGUCUCCUAGUUCCUGGAGAAGAACGGUCUCCACCCCCACUAAGACGGAGUCAAUACAGACUCCAGAUCAAUCCAAUUGCCAGGAGCAGAACUCCAGCCCAGACCAUGGUGAGGAUGAUGCUGAUAGCGUCCUUGACUCCACUCCAGUUUCUUCCCCCCUGCAGUCAGAGGUGGAUGCAGAGCUGGGUCUGGUCAUCACUGUGGAUGAGGACAGGUGUGAAGGAGAGGACUGGCUGAAGAAACUAAAUAAAUUGAAUGUAAAGAAGAGUGGAAAGACUCAGGUGGAAGGAGAGUUCCCUGAGAAGAAUGGAGAGAUGGAUACAUCUUCAGAAGAGCUUGAGGAGGAGGAGGAUGAGAGUGAGGAAGAGUUGAGGAAGCUGGACAGAGAUUUAACACUCAAAUCUAAAAAGCUCAAACUCUCCUCUGUCAACGUUCGUAACAUCAUUCAUGAGGUGGUAACCAAUGAGCAUGUUGUGGCCAUGAUGAAAGCGGCUAUAAGGGACACACAAGAUAUGCCCAUGUUUGAGCCCAAAAUGACCCGUUCUAAGCUCAAAGAAGUUGUUGAGAAAGGGGUGGUGAGGAUGUGCAACUGGAACAUCUCUCCAAUAAAAAGACCAUGUGAGAUUAAGCCACCCCAGUUUGUGGACAUUCCCCUGCAAGAGGAGGAGGACUCUUCUGAUGAAGAGUAUUGUCCUGAUGAAGAUGAGGAAGAUGAAACGGCUGAGGAGACAUUUUUGGAGAGUGAUGUGGAGAGCACUGCCUCCUCACCACGUGGCGGCAGACGUUCUUCCUCUCAUACGCCCUCCCAUUGUGAUGAUGCCAGCAACAGCCCCAGAUUGAAGCCCAGGCUCUCCAGGCACCUGAGAGUUGAAGCAGUGCCUAUGGGUCCCCCUGCCCCACCUCCUCAGUCCUGUGGCCCCUCACGAUCCCUCAGGGCCCCUGACCCCUUCAUUGAGAAACUCCAUGCUGUGGAUAAAGAACUUGAACUUAGUCCUCUCUGCAUGGAGCCUUACCAGGCUCUGAGCAAUGGCAGUGGAGGGGAGCCGAAUGGCAGUCUGGUAGCCUGCCGUACUCGGUCAAAACGUCCUCUGAGGGACGUCCCUCUGGAUCAGCUGGAGGCAGAGCUCUGUGCACCAGAUAUCACACCAGAUAUGUACGAUAAUGUCUCCACACCAGAGGACCGUGAAUGGACCCAAUGGUUACAGGGACUCAUGACCUCUCACCUGGACAAUGAAGAAGAGGCUGAUGAAGAUGAUGACCCUGAAUAUAACUUUUUAGAUGAUCUAGAUGAGCCAGAUUUGGAGGAUUAUCGAAAUGACCGCGCUGUUCGAAUCACAAAGAAGGAAGUCAAUGAGCUAAUGGAAGAGCUGUUUGAUACGUUCCAUGAUGAGUUGGCAGCCAAUGAACAAGAAGAGGAAGGUCGUGAAGAAGAUGAGGAACGUGAUGAGGAGGCCAAUAACACUCCACAAUUUAAUGUUCCUCAAGCCAUUAGGUUUGAGGAGCCACUGGCUCACAUGUUGACGGCAUGCAGGCGGACCGUUAGAGAGCAGCUGGAUGCUUUGCAGCAGCGACGGGAGAACCAGAUUCGGACCACCCAACAUGCACCUGGGCCUGGCAUGGUUCUUUUGCAGCCCAGCUGUCCUCUGGUGCUCACGUCUCCUCAGAGAAUACAGCUGCAGCAGCAAAUACAGCAACAUGUCCAGUUACUGACACAGGUCAAUAUGCUGUGCAAACCAGUGGAGGUGCUACAGAGUGAAGCUCAAACCACCAAACAUUUCCUGGGGGAGUUGCUGUCGUUUGCGGAGCGGGCUGAGGAGGGGAGGUCAGCAGUUCAUUCAGGUUUUAGAAGCAUGUUUAGGGUGUGUAACUUGCAGUCCUCCCUCAAGCUGCUGGAGGAGUUAAAACAAUGUCCGUCUCCUCUGUAUCUUCCUCCCAAACCCUAUCGCCGUCACUCAGUUUGUCCCUACCCGUUGCUCCCAGCUGGUCUUGCAUGGCUGUUCGCCACACGCUCUGUGUUUCUGUACCCAGAGCUUCUACCACAUUGCAGUCUGGAUCCAGCCCUGCAUCGCACACGCAAAAAAUAUUACAUCAAAGGCGAAGACGGACUGUUAGUAUUGGGGUUAAAGCACUUUGCUGAAACAGAGUUCCCAUACCACCUGAUGAGCCGCUAUCUGAUCCGUGCCAAGCCUCAAGAGCAGCUGCGUGCACAUGUGAGGGAAAUGGCGUCCGCCAAAGCCCCACACAACAUAAUCAAGUUUUACUGCCAGAAUGGUGUGGUUCCUCCUUUGCCGGUGAUGUGCAGACCUGUUGUACCUGGAGAGGAGCGCCCUCCUGUGGAGAGAGAGCAGGACAUCAUGCCAAUCUGGCUGAAGAAAAGCUUGCCAUACAUCCAUAGGGGAGUUUUUCAGAGCAGUUCAAAGGUGACAUCCACAACCACCAAAUCUCUUACCCUGUCCUUCCCAAAAGGAACACGCUACCCACAAUUCCUCCCUAAAGGUGUUUCUCUUCGUCUACAUCCAAGUGUUAGUCAACCUUCACAGCCCAAAUCUCAGCGUAAGUUCCCCCCUACUCUCACACCAUUGCCGGAAGCUCCUCCGUGUCCCACAGGUGCAGGAAAUGUAUUAUCCAAUGUCUCCACACAACUUCCAGCACAUGGUGUAAUAUUAUUGGCCCAAACACCUAGCACUCCUAUAAAUGGGGUGUUCCCAUUGGUUCAGCCCUUUUUGACUCCUGCACAGGGGACCGUCCCACUUUGCGCUUCUUAUCCUAUUAAUUUCCAGUAUGUCACUCCAGAAUUGGGGGCUGGUAAUCUGGCACACCUUUCUGCCAACUUGCCCCCCACUGUAGUUCAGAUACCCCCCAGUGACAUGCCUCUACAUAGUACUGGGACAGUCAGGACGUGUGGCGUGCAGAAGAUGUCCGAUAAGCACAAGAAACGGACCAUGCCUAGAAAACUUGCUCCUUUGAAACCAGCCCCCCAGCUUUCUCCCCUCUCCUCUUGUACAAUGGGAAACGUAAGUAACCCUACUGUUAUAACGGACCAGCCAAUAUCCUUAAAUGUUACACAGAAUUUUCCAUUAGAUAAAGCCUAUGAAAAUGCUCCUCACCUGACUGCCACCACACAGAGAUUGGUCACAUCUCCCUCCCAGGAUCUUGUCAUACAGUUAGUACCUGGAACACAGGCCGUGGAAAAUGCCUCAAGUCCCUAUUUCGGAAAGACGACACAGAGGUCAGAAUGUGACUUUUUGCAAACCAUGAAGGACAUCACUCCUUUGCACUAUAGUGUUCAAAAUGGUCAAAGGACUGUUUGUUCUCCUCUGACAUCAGCAGCAGCAGACAGUUCUCAGUUUGUACUGGUUCAGACCAUUUCACCUACUGGAGUUCCUCAGUUCCUACUUUUGCCCCAAGACCCACUCAUUCUGAACCAACCUGCUCCACUUCAUGCUGAAGGUGCAGCAGGGAGUUUAUCCCAGCAGACUGCCUUUUCUGACAUUCCUGCUGGCUCCAUAGUACUAAAGAACACAGAGAGGACUGAGGUGCCUUUAAACACCACAACACCAUCCACAGAAGAUGGAGAAAGAAAGGAAGAGGAUGAGGAAAUGACUGGAGACAGAUGGGAAGAGGAAAUAGCUGGUGCUCUGUUUGGUAGUCCUCUCCUGGCACUCUCAGAGUCCUCUUGCAGCCCCGACUCCAGUUUGACCAGCAUUGAUGCAAGCACAGACAGUGAUGCUGAAGCCUCUGUGAAAGUGAAGACAGAUACUGGAGAGUGUCUUGCUGUCCAGUCGGGCUCUGGCAGUCAGGAAGCAUUAGGAGUGCACAAACACAGCACUGGAGAUGGGAAAGAGCAACAGUCCGGUGGGGGGGAGAAACAGAACGGUGGGAAUGAGGAUGUUGGAAGGGCUGAGGAGAGGGAGAGUGGGGGAGAUGGAGAGCGGGAUGAAGAUAAAGAAGGAGAGAAGAGCGGUGAUGGAGAAGAUGGCAGAAAAGGAGAUGGGGGUGGAAGUGGUGAUAAAGGAAGUGAAGAGAAGGAUGGAGAUGGAGAAAAAGAUGGAGAUGGUGAGCGGGAUGAAGAAGAGGAGGAUUUUGAUGACCUCACGCAGGAUGAAGAUGAGGAGGAAGUGAUGUCUUCGGCAUCAGAGGAAUCUGUGCUGUCUGUUCCAGAACUUCAGGUUUGUUUGUUUUUAGAAAAUAUAUGUUUUAGAUUUCAAUGUUAA